UGGGCAUCCUUUUUGACCAGGGUCUGGGGGAAUAGAGCUCUACCAUUGCCUCCGAUGAGUCCCAAAUCUAGCUACCUCCCCCAGACAGAGUUGGAGGCAAAUCCAUACAUGCCGGAUUCCCACCAAAGCUGGCUCUCCUCCAAGCUUGCUGGGAUGAAAAAAUAGCUUCAGGUCCCCUUGGGAUCCGCCCUGGAGAGGGCAGUGCACAUAGUUUGAAACAGAGUUGAAUGAGCAGGUGUGCAUCAUAGGGAAGCAGCCACCAGGGGACAAGAAGCCCCCAAGAGAGUCCUGGCAGCAUGGACGAUGAUUAUGAUGAGCCUCUUGAGUCUGAGAACAAAGAUGAGACUGAAACUGCGUUAGCACAUCAGGACAGCGAUGACACCCUCUACUGCGAAGCCGAAGCCACUCCAAGUGUUGAGAAAGAGAAAACCACCCGGGAGGAUUCAGAAACCGACUUGGAAAUUGAAGACCCAGAGAAAUUCUUCACCAUUGGACAGAUGGAGCUGUACCUGGAGGCCUGCAAACUGGUGGGCGUAGUGCCCACCUCCUACUUCAUCCGGAACAUGGAGGAGUCCUACGUGAACCUCAACCAUCAUGGCCUGGGCCCCAAGGGUACCAAGGCCAUUGCUAUAACCCUGGUGUCCAACACGACGAUCCUCAAACUGGAGCUGGAAGACAACUGCAUCAUGGAGGAGGGAGUCUUGAGUCUGAUGGAGAUGCUGCAUGAGAACUACUACCUGCAGGAGCUGAACAUGUCUAACAAUAACCUUGGUUUGGAGGGAGCCAGGAUCAUCUCGGACUUCCUCCAAGAAAACAACUCUUCACUAUGGAAACUGAAACUUUCAGGAAACAACUUCAAAGAGGAAGCUGCUGCCCUUUUAUGCCAAGCCCUGUCGUCCAAUUACCGAAUUAAGUCACUGAACCUCAGUCACAACCAAUUCUCUGAUGUAGGAGGGGAGUACCUGGGACAGAUGCUAGCCCUCAAUGUAGGGCUCCAGUCGCUGAACCUGAGCUGGAAUCACUUCCACUUUCGGGCAGCUGUGGCCCUGUGUAACGGUCUCCGGUGCUGUUCCUCUCCCCUGGAGUCUAACGUGACCCUGAAGAAAUUGGAUGUCUCCAUGAAUGGCUUUGGGAAUGAAGGAGCUCUGGCCCUGGGGGAUACCCUCAAACUCAACAGCUGUCUGGUCUACAUAGAUGUCAGUAGAAAUGGCAUCACCAACGAGGGAGCCUCCAGAAUCAGCAAGGGACUAGAAUACAAUGAGAGCCUCCAAGUGCUGAAGCUUUUCCUGAACCCUAUGAGUAUGGAGGGGGCAGUUUUUCUUAUCCUGUCCAUCAAGAGAAACCCCAAAUCCAAGAUGGAGGAGCUCGACAUCUCUAACGUUCUGGUAACAGAGCAGUUUGUAAGAGUCCUGGAUGGGGUCUGUGCCAUCCACCCUCAGUUGGACGUGAUAUACAAGGGAUUGCAGGGUCUCUCCAGCAAGAAAACCAUCUCUCUGUGUACCAAUCCCAUGAAACUGAUCCAGAACUAUACAGACCAACAGAAGAUCUCAGUCUUGGAGUUCUUCAAGAGCUUGAAUCCAACGGGAUCAAUGACAAUGUCUGUGGGGGACUUCCGGAAAGCCAUGGUACAGCAAAACAAGGUCCCCAUCAACCGGUACCAGGUCAGGGAGCUCCUAAAGAAGUUGGAUGAGAAGAAGGGUGUGGUGGACUUCAGCUCACUUGCAUAGCAAGACUUGAGCAAGACAGUGGGACCUGUGCCUGAGGACCUCCAGCCCACAUGACAAAGCGACAAUGUUCAGGCCUCAAAGCGUCUCUCACUGAACAUGGAGCUCACUGAUUGGCUAGAGGGACUGGCCGGUGAGCUUCCUACCCCAGCCCUAGCACUAGGACACCAUCACACAGACUUUUAGCAUUCCCCCUUAUUCUCUUACCCUUCACAACAGUUUUCCGGAAGUCACAACAGCCAAUCAGGUCUGGAGAGAAGCUCCAACAAGAGAAGUUGUGGUGUCUAUGAGGAGAUUCAAUCAAAGGUCAGAUGCAUAGAUGCCGUGAUCAGAGCUAAGUGCGAGCAAAUAAAAUCUGGCUUGGUCUGGGCGCCUCUGUGCUGCUCAUGGUGGUUCU